AUGGCGACAAGCAGCAGCAGGAACUGCGCCCUGAGCAGGGACAGCCCUCAGGGCACUGUGGGGAACCUGCUGAUCCAGGCCCUGGAAAACCUCUCCGAGCUGGAUUUUAAAAAAUUUCGGGAUGCACUGGCUCAUGGAGACCUGCGGGGCAGGAGCUGCGUUCCCUGGGGGCGGCUGGAGAAGGCUGACUGUGUGAAUACAAAGAACCUCAUGUUGGAUUUCUACGGCGGGGAGGCUGCCCUGGAUGUGGCAAUAGUCGUCUUUGAGAGCAUCCAGCUCCGCAACGCCGCCGCCCUGCUCCAGGAAAGCAGAGAGAAAGCCCUGGGGCCCGCUCGUCUGCCGGGUUCAUCGUCACCAGAUUACCAGCGGAAUUACAAAAAGGCCAUACGCCAGGCGUACAGCCGCAUGAAGGACCAAAACGCCCGGGUGGGCGAUAGCGUGAGCCUGAACGCCAGGUACUCGAAGCUGGUGAUUGUCAACAAGCACCUUGACAAAGAGCAGCGGGAGCAUGAGAUCAUGGCCACGGGACGGAGGCACGCGGAGAUCAUGAAGGAGCAAGCCAGCUCCUCCAUCGCUGUCAGUGACCUCUUCAAGCCUGAACCUGAUGGCUGGGUCCCCAAGGUGGUCGUGCUCCUGGGAGCCGCAGGCGUGGGCAAGACGAUGACGGCCAGGAAGAUCAUGCUGGACUGGGCGUCUGACAAGGUGUUUGCGGAGUUCGACUACGUCUUCUACAUCCACUGUCGGCAGGGCAACCUCCUCACCCGCAAGGCCAGCAUGGCCGAGCUCAUCACCCAGUGCUGUCCUGGCAGCCCUCUGCCACUUGACGAGACGCUGUGGCAGUCGGAGGGGCUCCUGUUCAUGAUUGACGGCUUCGACGAGCUCCGCUUUUCCUUUGACCGGCCCGAGUCUGAGCUGUGCUCCGAGCCCUUGGAGCAGAGGCCGGUGGAAAUCACCCUGAGCAGCCUUUUCUGCAGGAAGCUCCUGCCCAAGAGCUCCCUGCUUGUCACCACGAGGCCGGCUGCCCUGCAGAAACUGGGCAAGUACGUGGAGGGCGAGCGCUAUGCUGAAAUCCUGGGGUUUUCGGAGGCGGAGAGGAAGGAGUACUUCCACAGGUUUUUCGAAAAUGAGGAGAAGGCAGCUGCCGCCUUCCAGUUCGUCAGACAGCUCAACCACGCCGGGGGUCUCACCCAAAGCCCGAAGACGACGACGGCGAUCUACAUCCUCUACCUUUCCGCCCUGCUCCGGUCUCUGAGCGGCCAUCAGAAGGGAGGCAUGCCCGGGGUGCUCAGGCGGCUGUGCUGCCUGGCAGCCGACGGCAUCUGGAAGCAGAAGGUCCUCUUCGAGGAGAAGGAGGUGCAGGGGUACGCGCUGGACCAGCAAGAAGCCCUCCCGCUCCUCCUCAACGAGUACCUCUUCCAGAAGGACAUCUCCUGUGUCAGCACCUACAGCUUCAUCCACCUCAGCUUCCAGGAGUUUUUCGCGGCGCUCUUCUACCUGCUGGAAGAUGAAGGGGAGGUGUGGGAACCCCUCAAAGGUCCCACCAGGGAUGUGAAGGAGCUGUUGGAGAGCUACGGCAACUCCAGGAACUACUUCAUGCUCACUGUGAGGUUCCUCUUUGGGCUCUUAAACAAGGAACGCAGGAGGGAGCUGGAGGAGGAGAUGGGGUGUCAAAUCACACCCAGGGUUACGCAGGAAUUACUGGUAUGGCUCCAAACCAGCCAGAAGACGGCCUUAGCUCUUCUGACACAGGAGACGGCGAUGAUCCGCGAGCUGGAGGUCUGCUACUGUCUGUAUGAGCUCCAGGACGAGUGUUUUGUGGCGACCGCCUUGGAUCCUUUCACAGGGGUGUACCUGCGGGGGCUCAACCUUAACCGCUUCGACCAGAUGGUCCUCUCCUUCAGCGUGAAGAACUUCCCCAAGCUGGAGUCGCUUGACCUGGGGCACUGCUCCUUUCUGUGGGACGAGCUCGAGGACCGUGCGGGCCCGCAGCCGGCCAAGCAGGCGUGUCGGUUCGAUCAGUGUCAGCUCACAGGCGCCUGCUGCGGGGAUCUGGCCUCUGUUCUCAGCGUAAACCCCACCCUGACGGAGCUGGACCUGGCCGGGAACGAGGACCUGAGGGACGGCGGCGUGAAGCUGCUGUGCGAGGGGCUGAGACGCGGCGCCUGCCAGCUGCAGACACUGCG